CGUCUCUUCGGCUUCCUCCUCGUCGUCCUCUCUCUUACAAAUUAAAUUUUACAACAUAGUUAAAGAAUGGCUGGUGAGAAGAAGAAGAAGACUACGAUGGUCAUUCGACUUGUCUCAUCCGCUGGCACUGGAUUUUUCUACACCAAGAAGAAGCCUCUUAAGGUGAGGGAAAAGCUUGAAAUCCGAAAAUUUGACCCUGUGGUAAAUCGUCAUGUUCUGUUUACAGAGACAAAAGUGAAAGUGUGAGUCUUUUUUUUUCUCUUUGUUCCCUUCGUGUAGGCCUUUUGUUUUAGUUAGACCUAACUCCUCCUAAAAGCUUGACUUGAUGAAAGUUGUUGCUCUCUCUUGCUUAAGUAUAUAUAAUAAGUUCAAAUUUUGAUUAUUUAA